AUGGUUCUCAGGCUGGAUGUCCAAUAUGACUUGCUGGUGAAGGUUUCUAGAAACACCCUCAUUCAUCCGUCAAUCUCUACAGGAAAGGCUGUUUCUAUUGCGGAUAUAGGCACUGGUACUUGGAUCUGGCUGAGGGACCUCUCGCGAUCAUUGUCGGAAGUACCUGGAGUCCUGCGGUACUACCAUGGGUUUGGCAUCUCGUCCGCACAAUUUCCGCCCGCAGAUGAUAGUAUCAGAUUCUCAGUCCAUAACAUAACGGUCCCCUUCCCUGAGGAGCAUUGGAACCGCUAUGACCUCGUCCAUGUACGGCUAUUGGUUGCCGCUCUCGCCGAACCCGACUACAGAACCGCCAUCCGGCGGUGUUUCAGUCUCCGUUUCAAGGCGGAAGGCAAAUAUUUUCAGGCGUCUGCGAAGGUUUACCAUGAAAGCCAGUUAGUCGGGUUCCGAGAUGUGGUGCGGGUCGAGUAUAGUUCACACCGGGAUGCUGGCCUCCAUCCCGGCACCGAACAAAGAUUCGUUGCCAUUAUAGGAACAUUGUAUACAAAUCUUCUACUGCGAUCAGCCCAAGUGCCAGAUGAACAAGCAGCGUCAAAGAAGGGGGAAGAGCUGAUUGAGCGGUUUCGGCAACUUUGUACUCAGGGAAAGUCACCGCCAGUAAAGCUGAUGAGAGUUGUUUGGCAGAAACCGUUGCAUGAGGUGGUUUAG